CCCGAACAUAAUAUUUCUUUUCCGGGUAAAUCAGGACAAUGCUGAAGCUAACGAUAGUCGGGAGAGUGGAAGAUGGAUUGCCGCUUUCACAAGACGGUUCUUCCUUCUCCGGGAAUAACAGUUUCUUGUUCUACAAGAAACAAGCCGAGUUCCUCCUCGGAGAAAUCUCCAGCGGUUCAUUGUUGCAUCCAAGGAUGACCGUUUGGGUCGAUCACCAUUCUUUCCACUUUCUGCUGGAGAAGAACGUAUGUUUCAUCACGCUAUCGGAUUCUUCGUACCCGAGAAAACUUGCAUUUCAUUUCCUGCAAGAUCUGCAGAUGGAAUUCGAAACGUUCGACGAUACCCUGAUCAAGAAAAUCUCAAAACCUUACAGCUUUGUCAAGUUUGGUAACUACGAAGCUCUCAGAUCUCAGAUUUCUGCUCAUGUUUUUUCUGUUUGGUCGGCGAGAAAAUUGAUCAUUCAAUCAAGAAAAUCAACGACAGAGUUUAAAUUACCGCCUGCAGAUAGCAUAAUAAGGAGUAUCAGGAAGCGAUAUAUCGAUACGAGAACUCAGGUCAAUUUAUCAAAGCUGAACGCUUGCAGGAAACAAGAUUUGGAUAUAAUCUCUGAACAUAUGCAAGAUAUUAUACAAAGACGGCGGAUUCCGGAAGAAGCGUCAGAGAGAGUUUCACCGAAUCCUCGGACCUCUGUUUCAUCCAUCUGGAGCUCCCCAUGUCUUGAGGCGAUUGCGUUGAAAUGGACACCAGUUGGGAUCAUUGUCUUCAUGGGUCUUGUCCUCUUGCAAGCCAGACUGGUCCUGACCGAUGAUUAUUUAAUUUCAACCAUGACGUGAACGGAUACACAAUCAAUAUGAA